UGGGUUUUAAAUGCCCCACCUGUCGUUUCUGUUUGUGAGAUGAACUGACGGAGAUUUGGUUGCUAGCAGAGCUAAGCAACGUUGGAUAAUUCUGGCAACGCAACUGUUUAGUCCGUGCGGCCAUCGAUAUCUGCGAGGUGCCAGAGCUUUAAAUUGGAUUGAAUUUAACCAUCAAGUUCGCAUUAUUUAUGCUACUACUUUAACUUAACGUUUCUCGUAGCUGUUAAGCAAAACCUCCACUUGGGUCGCGAAAGCCGUCAAGGUUGGUUUACGUGUAUAAACUAAACAUUACGGUAGGACCGUGUAACAAGUAAUUUCAAAAUAAGAGCGAUUCUAGUGAACACAUUUCCAUAUUACUUAAAAAAAUACAUUAUAACUGCAUAACAUGAAUAAUUAACGAAAAAUUUUUUACUGCCUCCAGCAUUAGUUGUGUGUAAAGAUUAUUUUUUAGUGAGAGAGGGAAAACAAUUUCACCAAAAGUACAGGUGCUUUUAUAAUGAAAGCAGUGCGUACCGUAAUUCUUAGUUUAUACACGUACCCCACCACCGACAAACAACAACAACAACAUUUGAGCUGGAAGCAGGCUUGAGUGCCGCCGUUUCUUUGCAUAAGCAGAAAUGACUUCGCAAAUCCGUCAAAACUUCCAUCAGGACUGCGAGGCUGCCAUUAACAGACAGAUAAACCUGGAACUGUAUGCCUCUUAUGUUUAUCUCUCUAUGGCAUACUAUUUUGAGAGGGAUGAUAAAUGCCUGCCAAAUUUUGCAAAGUUCUUUCACACGCAGUCCAAAGAAGAGUGCGAGCAUGCCGAGAAGCUGAUGACUUUUCAGAACAAGCGGGGAGGCAGAAUUUUUCUGCAGGACAUCAGGAAACCUGAUAGAGAUGAGUGGGGGAGUGGCGUGGAGGCCUUGGAGUGUGCCCUGCAGCUGGAGAAAAGCGUAAACCAAUCUCUGCUGGACCUGCAGAAAAUGGCCACCGAGCACAACGACCCUCAUAUGUGUGACUUCAUAGAAACACAUUUUCUGGAUGAGCAGGUAAAGUCCAUCAAACAGCUCGCCAACUGGGUCUCAAACCUGCGUCACAUGGGAGCCCCUCAGAACGGCAUGGCUGAGUACCUCUUUGAUAAACACACCAUGGCUGAAGAGGGCAGUUAAACUACGACGCCAAUGAUCAUUGUGCUGCAUGCCUGCCACGUACAGUACGUACGGCAUCUGUUACAAAGAACGCUGCUUUCCUUAUGUUUGUUAGCUUUUUGCAAAGGCCGUAGCUCUCCAAACUGGAGUGGUGUAACAUUCACCUGGCAUUACCUGCAGGAUGUAGAAAUAAAGACUAUGCAGACCUUUGAAUCAGGUGACUUGUGGAUUCAGAUUUCCUUACGUGUCAGGUGUAAAUAGUGUUAGAAGGCUGGAGUGUGCCACUGAAACAUUUGAGGCUUUUAUAAUUUGCAUGUUUAAAAUUAAUUAUUCAGCUUUUUUAUUUGUGAAUAUGUGAAGAAAAGAGAAAAUAUGUAUCUAUUAUACCAGUGGUUUUCAAGCUUUUUUGUGAUUUCACUGUAAGGUAAAGGAUCUUUUGACAGCAGUUGGACUCAGCAUGUGUGUCACCACUAUACUAGCACACACUUCAUAUCUCUUAUCCGGUACUUUAACUCCAACCAUCUUGCUGCUCUUGUGAGGUGAGUCACAUUUUUCUCAGAAGCAUUUCUUUGGCUUUUUAAGCACCAUGCUGGCAUUAAGCAGCACACGCUCAGGCUGAGGCCUUUUGAAAUCCCCGGUCCAGCAGAAGCCACAAGCUUCUGUGUACUGAUGACACUACUUUCAGGCGCUCCCUUAUUCACAAGGGGUCGCCAGAGCAGGUGUCUCUGCAUGUUUGAUUUGGCAGAUUUUUAUACCGGACGCCCUUCCUGACACAACCCAAAAGGGAUUUGUGCCUCCUCCCCUGCGUACUGAUACAGUAAAUCAAUUAAUUAUUGAUUUUUGGUACAGCUGUAUAUUGCAAUAACAGAUUGUGGUUGUCACAAAAUCCUGCAGCUCACCAGUGUGUCUCACCACACUAAUUAGGAACCGCAGUAUAAUAUUUUCAGGAUUUAUUAUUUAGUUUUUUUCUGGCUUCUACUAUUGUUUACUUUUUUCCUUUAUGUCUCUCACCGUCCACACACAAAAGCCAUAACCUGCAGCUGGAGGGUCAGAGGAAGUUAAGGUGUCAGUCAUGAGUAGAUAAAUGGAAUUGCAGGCCAAAUAAGUCAGGAACCACGUUCAUAGACCGCUCCAAGAUAUUCUUGUUACACUGUGUAGUUGCUGAAAACACUGCAUUAUUAAUGUAAUUGUAUUUAUUAUUUUAUGGUUAACAGCUGCUGUUUCUUCUCCCCACACUGGGCAUUUUAAUGUAAGUUUGGCACACUGACUGUGCCUUUAAAGAGUGUGAUGUUUGAAUUGAAAUGACAAUAAAUUAAACAAACAAAAUCAGUUUAUAGACAACAUAAAUGGAAUUUAUUGUCCAAAUAAUUCUAACUGAAUAGCUUUGUACAUUUUUCUCAUUUUGAUUAUUUAUGUUCCAUAAAAUCUUUUGUCUUAUUUUUGACAGUUGACAAACAUGUAUAAGCAGUGAGACCUAUGAAAAUGUUUCCUCAGCGUAUUUUAUUUGGACAGAUUGACUUUAUACCUGCAGAAAGAAACAAAUUGUAGAUACAGUAUGCUUGUAUAAUAAAACAAUAAACUAGUAAUGUACAAA